AGACAUGACGAAAAAAAAGGUCUUCUAGCGGGGGUCGCUACUCAGGGCCAGAUUUCGAGUCAGCCGCUUGGCCCCGGAUUGGGGCAUAGGCAAAUCAAUUAAAGGGCCACAUUUCCAGCACAAAGCGCAUUUAGUGUUGACCUCAAAGCCAUUAACGACAAAAAAAGCCAAUUGGCUGCUGUCCACUUCGAAUCACUCAUCGUUCAAAAUAAUGAUUGGAGAAAAAAGACAAAACGUGAUCAUAACUUCAUCAAUCUAUCAAACUCUAUGUGUGCAUCCAAAAAAAAGUCGAACAAAAAAAAACUGGUUUUCGGUUUGAGAGUUGGUUGCGAGUGCGAACGAGACGGGGCGACUGGGUCGAUUGGAUCAAGUUCAAAGUCAAUUUGGCCGCUUCCGUCGCCGCUGGCACUAAUCGGAUCCGCUGAACACAAAACAUUAACUAUAUAAAGACUUGCAUUCAACACAAGACCAACAGCAAACUAAGUUUGUCGAUUGUAGCAGAAACAACCAAAGCAAAAAACCAUCAUCAUCAAUAUGAAAUUCCUGAUCAUUGCCGUCGCCUUUUUGGCCUGCGCCUUUGCCGAUGUCUCCGAGUUGGGACAAUCUGGCUAUGACUACCCACAGCCUGCACCACCGGCACCAGCUCCGGAAUACAUUCCGCCCGCAGCACCAGCACCCGAAUACAUUCCCCCCGCUGCACCCGUCGAAACCUACAUUCCCCCACAGAUCGAGGAGAUCGAGCAGCCCGCUCAGGAUGGCUAUCGUUAUAAGACUGUGCGUCGUCGUGUCUUCCGUCACCGCAACUAAAAUCCAACUGUAGAUAAAAUGAGUGCUUGAGAUGAGAGCCUAGUUUGUUUUUUGUUGCUGUCAUCUCUGGACUCGAAGAGGAGUUAGGAGCAGAAGUAGAUUGUUGUCUUGUAUUUGCUUUGAUGAACAUCAAAGGAUCU